UAAAUGAGGGUUUCGGUUUUAGACGGCUCUCUCUUAGCACCUUUCGCCUCUUCCCUUCUGUUUACAUACCCAAUCUAGGGUUUUAGCUCUACCUUACCUCUCCUUUGUCUCACUAAUUCUUUAUAUAAACUCCAAACAUGAGCAACGACAAAGAUAACCUGAGCAUGGCCGAUCUCAGUGCCGUUCUUAACGAAGAGGAUCGGGCGGGCCUUGUUAACGCGCUCAAGAAUAAACUACAAACUCUAGCUGGUCAGCACACUGACAUGAUUGAGAGUCUAUCUCCAAACGUGAGAAAGCGCGUUGAGUUCCUAAGGGAGAUCCAGAGCCAACAUGAUGAAUUAGAGGCAAAAUUCUUUGAGGAGAGAGCAGCACUUGAAGCCAAAUAUCAAAAAUUGUACCAACCAUUGUAUACCAAGAGAUAUGAGAUUGUGAAUGGCACUGUAGAAGUUGAUGGUGCUACAAACGAAGCAGCAAUGGACCAAGAGGGGGAUAAAGCUGCUGAAGAAAAGGGUGUGCCUGAUUUUUGGCUUAUUGCAAUGAAGAACAAUGAAGUGUUAGCUGAGGAGAUAACUGAUCGUGAUGAAGGAGCUCUCAAGUACCUUAGGGAUAUUAAAUGGUGUAGAAUAGACAAUCCCAAGGGAUUCAAGCUUGAGUUCUUCUUUGAUCCCAACCCUCAUUUCAAGAACACUGUUUUGACAAAGACAUAUCACAUGAUUGAUGAAGAUGAGCCCAUUCUUGAGAAAGCAAUAGGGACGGAGAUUGAAUGGUAUCCAGGAAAAUGCUUAACACAGAAACUUCUUAAGAAGAAGCCUAAAAAGGGAUCAAAGAAUGCCAAGCCAAUUACUAAAACUGAGGAUUGCGAAAGUUUCUUCAACUUCUUUAAUCCGCCUCAAGUCCCUGAAGAUGAUGAAGAUAUUGAUGAAGAUACUGCUGAGGAGCUUCAGAAUCAAAUGGAACAAGAUUAUGACAUUGGUUCAACCAUUCGAGACAAGAUUAUCCCUCAUGCUGUAUCGUGGUUUACGGGUGAGGCUAUUCAGGGUGAUGAGCUUGGAAUAGAAGACGAUGAUGAGGAUGAAGAUAUUGAUGAGGAUGAUGAUGAAGAGGAUGAAGAAGAAGAGGAUGAGGAUGAGGAUGAGGAAGAUGAAAGCAAACCCAAAAAGUCAUCAGCUGGAAACAAGAAGAGUGGAAGAACACAAGUUGGGGAUGGUCAGCAGGCUGAGCGGCCUCCAGAGUGCAAGCAACAAUAGAUUUGGAUAGCUGCAGUAGCUGAAUCAAUGAUGUUUGCAAGGGAGCAGAAAGGGAAGGGGUUUGAAGUUUUGGGGGGGUGUGUAAUUUUUUAUUUAAUUUAUUAUCUGUUAGUAAUGAUGAACAAUUGGUUUGGAGUUUUCUUCUUUCCCUUUACCCUCUUGUUUUGGAGAGAAUGUGAUAAAAAAAUAGUUAGUAGGGGCGCUUUGUUUUUGUUGGUGCAUGUGUCCGCACCUGGGAUUUUGGUGGAUGUGAAUGUUUCAUGAACUCCUUUAUAUUCGACCUCUAUUUGUCUUAUUAUUGUAUUCAUAAUCACUUCUCUGUUC